AUGGACCACGACUCGAUGGAGCACAGCCCCGACUCCCACCCCGUUCGCCUCUCGCCGCCUUUGUCCCUCUUCCCUUUGCGGAAAAUAACGGAGUGGUGCAAAGUAGCUUGGACAAAAGUUAGAGGCGUGAAGAAGGCGGAGUGCACGAGUGAUGAGCCUGCCACAGACGAGGCACGUCCAGCCCCUGAGGUGGUGCCGCUGCGGCCGGUGGGUGGCCCCUCUGACAGCCGUUGUGAGACACGCCCCGUCCCCCGCCCCGUCCCCCGCCCCCUUCCCAUCCCGCCGCCUUUGCGCAUGCUCCCCCCGCCGGAAGAAAGGUUACCUUGCGAAAGGAGGGUAACAGCAGCUCGGGCUCACAAGAGGGUGACAUGGGCGAGUGAUGUGCCCGCAACAGACGAGGCACGUCCAGCCCCUGAGGUGGUGCCGCUGCGGCCGGUGGGUGGCCCCUCUGACAGCCGUUGUGAGACACGCCCCGUCCCCCGCCCCCUUCCCAUCCCGCCGCCUUUGCGCAUGCUCCCCCCGCCGGAAGAAAGGUUACCUUGCGAAAGGAGGGUAACAGCAGCUCGGGCUCACAAGAGGGUGACAUGGGCGAGUGAUGUGCCCGCAACAGACGCGGCACGUCCAGCCCCUGAGGUGGUGCCGCUGCGGCCGGUGGGUGGCCCCUCUGACACCCGCUGCGAGACACGCCCCGUCCCCCGCCCCCUUCCCAUCCCGCCGCCUUUGCGCAUGCUCCCCCCGCCGGAAGAAAGGUUACCUUGCGAAAGGAGGGUAACAGCAGCUCGGGCUCACAAGAGGGUGACAUGGGCGAGUGAUGUGCCCGAAACACACGAGGCACGUCCAGCCCCUGAGGUGGUGCCGCUGCGGCCGGUGAGUGGCCCCUCUGACGCCCGCUGCGAGACACGCCCCGUCCCCCGCCCCGUUCCCAUCCCGCCGCCUUUGCGCAUGCUCCCCCCGCCGGAAGAAAGGUUACCUUGCGAAAGGAGGGUAACACCAACUCGAGCUCACAAGAGGGUGAAGUGGACGAGUGAUGUGCCCGAAACAGACGAGGCACCUCCAGCCCCUGAGGUGGUGCCGCUGCUGCCAGUGAUUGGCCCCUCUGACGCCCGCUGCGAGACACGCCCCGUCACCCGCCCCGUUCCCAUGCCGCUGCCUUUGCGCAUG